UUUGCAUUUCCACGACGAUGGAAGUUCAUUAUCCUGCCUCCGAAGAGGUUGUAAAAUCUCCCAGACGGUCUGCAUGGAAGUUGCAUCAUACAUCACAUGAGAUAGAACAAAGUCCCUCUAAGAAGGAAUUGGGGUAUAAGAAUUUCGACUGGAAGGAAUCUGUCGAUUAUGAUGAGAACAACAGCAAAAAAGAAACAGUUUCUCAAGACCAAGGAACCACUUCUUUAUUAAAAUUCUUUCUGUUCGUAGCAUGUGUGGGUUCCAGUAUGUUUGGAAUGGAUCAAGCAUUGUUGUCUUCCGUGGCUCUGUUUGCUCCCGAAGCAUUGCAUCUAACAUCCAAUGAAUGGUCUUGGAUAUCCUCGGGGGCUACUUUGGGUGCUACUUUUGGAGCUAUUGCGGCAGUGCCAUUUAAUUGGCUCAUUGGAAGGAAAAAAGUUCUGAUGUUAUCUUCACUCUUAUAUAUUGCUGGAGUCGUUAUGGCUACUGCUGCAGAGAACUUUAUUGUGCUCUUAUUGGGAAGAGUUAUUAUGGGAGUUGGAAUGGGUACAGAGGCAAUGACCAUACCCAUUUAUAUAUCCGAAGUAGCUCCUAAAUCUCACCGUGUUCUUAUGGGUGAUGUGGUCGAUGCCAUAUUUAUCCAUGUUCAUCCAGGUUCAUGGAGAUAUAUGAUUGGUUCUGGUGCCAUUGGGCCUAUUCUUCAACUCGUUUGUGUAUUCUUUUUUCCGGAGAGUCCCAGGUGGUUACUCAAAAAUGGUAGGAGGGAAGACGCUCAAAAGGCAUUUUCAAGUUUCCGCCGACCUACUCCCAUUUCAGAACAAGAAUACAAUGAAAUGGUCGAACGAGUAGAACAGGAACUACGUGAAAGUAGCUCUUCAGGAAUCGUAUGGAAGGAUAUAUUUACCAAUCCAAGAGUUCGGGCUACUUUCAUGAUUGGCCUUCUCGUCUCACUGGCCCAACAAUGGAACGGGGCAACGGCAUUGGGAUAUUAUGAACCUACGAUAUUCACGGAAUUGGGACUUGAUACUUUUCAAGCGGUAUAUGUGACUGUACCCAUCGGUUUCUGGAUGUUGUUAUGGACCAUACCUCCAUAUUUUCUAUUGGACAAACUGGGAAGAAGAAAAACAUUGUUAUUCACUUUCCCCAUAUUCAUCAUCGGUUUGAUCAUUUCAGGAACAACAAUACUUCAACACUCUCCAAAGAAAAAAGCUAUCGGAUUCUUUGUUGGAUUAGCUUUGUACUAUAUCGGAUAUGAACAAGGAAUUUCUCCUCUGGCUUGGGCUCUUAACGGAGAAAUCUAUGAACUCCACGUUAGAAACAUUGGAAUGGCUUGGGGUGCUUCUACACUGUUGGGUUCCGCUUUUGUUUCUACUUACACUUUCUCCAGACAAGUGGCCGCACUGAGCUUGCCUGGUGUGUUUGGUUUGUACGCAGCACUAUCUACCAUUUUCUGGAUAUUGCUGUUUUUCUUUCUGCCUGAAACAGGAAAUGUCUCUCUAGAAGGUGUGAGAGAUCGGUUUGAAGGAGGACUCACAUCCAUUGCCAAACGCAAUUGGAAAAACAUUCAAUCCAAGAAGAAGGACUCCAGUUUGAUAUUGCCUGGGUUUCAGAAAUGAGUUUCUUUUCAAUGUAGUAGAGUAGUAAGGUAGCUGCUUGAUAAAAUGAGUGAUUGUGUU